CUCUUUUGGCUUUGCAGUUGGAUUUUGCAAUCCGUGUCUAGCUCCUCGCAGCGCGUGACAGCUUGCGCGAUCGCGUCUCCACCCUCUUUCAUCAUGAGACGAACCUCAUCAAUAUGGGUGCUGAGUGCCCUGUCGACGCUAACACUGGGCGGUGCAGUCCCAAAGUCGUAUGAAAACGAGGACGCUGCACCUGCUGUCGUUCCGGACCUAUCAUCCCCAGACAGCUCUGUUGUCACUCCAGCACCAGUCUUGAUGCCCGACGGGCUACUACAUGCACAGCCUUUAGUCAGUAGCUCAGCUGGUCCGGCGCCACAUAACCUUCCCAGAGCGGGGAAAGACGUGGACAUCGCGGCCCUGUUAGCUGGCUCUUCCAUAAAUCUCGGGCUCCUUUCGUCCAUAUUGCUUUCGGGCAUUUCCUCUGGAAUGACCAAGACCAUAUCGUUGAACCCGACCAUCAUCAUCACCUUGUCCUAUCCUCACCCAGCGCCCUCGGCAACUCACGUCUCGAGUGUGCUGGCUACUGCAACAACUUCAGCCCCACUAGCGCCUUCAAAAUCCAUUGUUUUGCCAACGACCAGAGCCACGUCCUCGGCACAUUCAGGAACCUCUGUCAACGAAUCUCUUACUUCACCACCUUCUUCCUACAAUCCAUCCAUGUCCCGCAGUCUCGAGCCUUCCAGUGCUAGUGCCGAAGGACACACGCCGAGUACAUCCUCGACAUCCAGCUCGCCGACAAACACAGAGAUACCACCUGCGCCUCUCGCUGCAGGAGCCUCUGGCGGCAUGGGCACAAGGGGUAAAGAGAGGGUAUGGUGGGUUAUUUUCUUUACUCCUUUCAUGCUGUUAGCCUAGAUUUCCACCUUUGUAUGGGCGAAGUAGGCUACGCAAGAGUGGUUUGACUUCCCCACUUCUUGUACGAUUACGAUGUUACGGAAACGCUUUUCAAUGGAUAGAUUUAUCGAGGGAUGGGUAUACCAGGCGCAUUUAUCAAACGGGUGUUUAUCUCUGCUUUUUCUGGAUCAAAUGCGGGGUCUUGGCGUUAUUGCAUGGUGCAUGACGUAUGAAUAAAGCAUGAGUAUUCAGGAUAGAAUGGCAUCUCCCUUAUUUCGG